AUGCAAACCUCACCAAACCUACCUUCUGGAGAUCUAAUUGGAAGGAGAAUUGAUUACAUCAAUAUUUGCGUCCCUAUCUAUAAUGCAUCUAUCAGAGGUGAUUGGAAGGCUGUUGAACCCUUCCUUUUUCGACAGCCAGACUUGGUACGAUUUGGUAUAAGUGAAAAUUAUGAUACUGCACUCCACAUUGCAGCAUCUGCAAAAACCAGCAAACUGUUAAGAUCCUUUGUCAAAAAUCUAAUGGAUCGUAUGACAUAUGAAGACUUAAAGCUACAGAACAAAGAUUAUAAUACUGCACUGUGUGUAGCAAUAGCAGCCGGAAAUUUUGAAAUUGCAAUGACUAUGGUGAAUAAGCAUCAAGCCUUGCUGGAUGUUUCGGGUCGGCUUAACCGGAUGCCAUUCUACAUGGCUUGCUUAUAUGGAAAAAAGAAGAUAGUGAAGCAUCUCUAUCAAAAUUUUGAUACGAUGACUGGUAUUUAUUGGACAGAGGAGAUUUGUGGUAAGGUUCUCCACAAUUGUGUACAAGCCGAUAUCUUUGAUAUUGCUCUCCAGAUAGUGACUCACAGGCCAGAACUCGCGAAAACCGGAAGCGUACUCGGUGUUUUGGCACGAAAAACGAAAGAUUGUAGAGAAAUAAAACCGAAUUUUAUUUGGAGAGUUGGACCUGCUAAUAAACCGAGUGAUGCCAUGAAAUUAGUAAGAAUCAUUUGGAACAAAGUUUUGACAUUGUCCGAUGCAGAAAUUGAUGACAUCAUUAGAGGGCCAGCUAAAAUACAAGGUGGCGUGCGAAAGUACACUUCUGGGAUACUGUUCCUAGCUGCCAAAAUGGGGAACACUGAAUUUGUAGUUGAGCUCAUUCGCCAAUAUCCUGAUAUAUUAUGGAAGAGAAAUGAUAAAAACAGAAGUAUAUUUCAUGUUGCUGUCAAAUAUCGUCAUCAGGGUAUCUACAGUCUUCUAAAUGAGAUAGGCUCAAUGAAGGAUGUUAUAAUGCCUCUCAAGGACCAGUCAGGAAAUAAUAUGUUACAUUUGGUUGGGAAAUGUCCAAAGAUAAAGCGACUCGGAGACGUUUCAGGGGUUGCUUUGCAUAUGCAACGCGAAUUGCUAUGGUUCAAGGAAGUAGAAAAUACGCUCCCUCCUGCUUGUCGAGAAAGUAAGAACAAUGCACGUCAAACACCACGUAAUUUGUUCUCCGAGGAGCACAAAAGGCUAUUGUUUGAAGGUGAGAGGUGGAUGAAAGAUACGGCUAGUCAAUCUAUGGUCGUUUCCGCGCUUAUAGCUACCAUUGUCUUUGCAGCAGCUUUUAUGGUUCCUGGUGGAUACAAUCAAGACAACGGUAUUCCUAUGUUCCUUCAUAAAAGAAUUUUCAUAGUCUUUGUCAUAGCAGACGCUGUUUCUUUGAUAUUCUCUUCCAUUUCGAUCCUCAUAUUUUUAUAUGUCCACAUAACUACCUACUCUGAACAAGAUUUCUUGGACUCAUUGCCCAUGAUACUAAUGACCGGCCUAGUAACCCUUUCUAUCUCUAUCGUAGCCAUGAUGGUCGCUUUUAGUGUCAGCUUCUUUGUUCUUUAUCUUAACAACUUGAUUUGGGUACCAAUUGUUAUCAGUGUAUUUUCUUCCGGACCCGUCAUUUUACUUGUUAUCUUUCACCUUCGAGUUCUAAGGGAUGUUUAUCGCUCAACAUAUUCUCAUAAGUAUUUCUUCAAGACAAAAAAGCCUAGCCUUUACAUACGAAAUCCAAACUUCUAA